AUGUUUAGAUUAUUACCUGCAAGAGUUAAUAAUUUAAUAUUUAAAAACCAAUCAAGAAUCUCUACCAAUAUAAUUACCCAAUCAAGAAUGUCUUUCCAUUAUAAACAACCAGAACAUAAAUUGACUUUAAUUCCAGGUCCAAUUGAAUUUUCUGAUGAUGUUUUAGCUUCAAUGGCUACUCCUUCACAAGCUCAUACAUCACCAGAAUUUGUAUCUACUUUUCAACAAGUUUUACAAAAUUUAAGAAAAUUGUUUAAAUCCACUGAUUCUAAUACUCAAGGUUAUGUUUUAAGUGGAUCUGGUACUUUAGGUUGGGAUGUUGCUGCUAGUAAUUUAUUAAAUCCUGGUGAAAAAGUUUUAGUUUUAAGUACUGGAUUCUUUUCUGAUUCUUUUGCAGAUUGUUUAAGAGUUUAUGAUGCUGAUGUUGAUGUUAUUACUGCUGAAGUUGGUGAUGUUGUACCAUUGGAUAAAAUUGAAGAACAAUUGAAGAAGGAAAAAUAUCAAGUUAUUACAAUUACUCAUGUUGAUACUUCUACUUCUGUUGUUAGUGAUGUUGAAGCAAUUAGUAAAAUUGUCAAGAAAGUUUCUCCAGAAACUUUGAUUGUUGUUGAUGGUGUUUGUUCAAUCGGUGUUGAAGAUUUGGAAUUUGAUAAAUGGGGUAUUGAUUUUGUUUUAACCGCUUCUCAAAAAGCUCUUGGUGUUCCAGCUGGUUUAUCUGUUUUAUAUGCCAGUGAAAGAGCAUUAGCCAAAGCUUUGAACAAGACUAAAGAUACUACAUUUUUUGCCUCUUUGAAAAGAUGGACUCCAAUCAUGAAAGCUUAUGAAAGUGGAAAUGGUGCUUAUUUCGCCACACCAGCAGUUCAAACCAUCACAGCUUUGAAAACAUCUUUGGAAGAAAUUUUAAGUCAAUCAAUUGAUGAAAGAUUUGCUAAACAUGCCCAAGUUUCUGAUAAAUUUAAGAGUGAUGUUGAAAGUCUCGGAUUAAAGAUUGUUCCAGCUAAUAAACAAGUUGCUGCUCAUGGUUUAACUGCAGUUUAUUUCCCAGAAAACAUCAAUGGUCCUGAUUUAUUGAAAAAAUUAUCUGAAAAAGGAUUUGUUGUUGCUGGUGGUAUUCACAAGAAAUUAGUUGGUAAAUAUUUCAGAGUUGGACAUAUGGGUUAUUCAGUUUAUGCUGGUCACAUUGACAAAUUAACCAAGGCCUUGGAAGAAUCUUUGAAUGAACUUAAGUAA